AGGGGAGGUGAGGGACGAACUGGAACGAGUAUUCUAUGUAUCAAUUUGCGAGAGAAGACGUGCCCGAGUUGUGCGGUGAGGCAGAAUCCUUCGUCUAAAUAGGGCACAGAGCGAUCGGGGAAAAAGGUCAAGAGGAAUCCUCCGUGUUCUGAGAAGGCUUUCCCCACAUCUGUUUGUCUUUUUCAAUCGAUCGUUCUCGCGCGCGGGGGCGGUGAGAGUUUCCGUGCUUGUUUGGUUACGGAAUUGAAGAAUUCUCGUGGUUGAUGAAGACGUAUGAUGAUAGAAAGCCAGAGGAAAUCGGUAUCUGUUGACUGCAUAUCCCAAGCCAGGAAGAUCCGGGGGCUUCAUUGGUAGAUUUUUCCAGAUGGGGAAUAGCUAGGUUGAGUUUGAGCAGAUUGACCAUAGUUUAGAGAACAUAUAGAAUAGUUCGCGGUAUUGAUAGAUGAUCAAACCUAUAAUCGUGUUUUGGAGGUUGUUGUUUGUAGAAUUGUAUUUUUAGAUGGAGCAGCUUGCUUUAGUUGCCACGGGAUUAGGAGAAAACUAUGAUAUUGAUAUUGAGGACAUGAGGAAUAACUUACCGGAGAAUGAGGUGAGUGACGAGGAAAUUGAGCCAGAUGAAUUGGAGAGGCGGAUGUGGAAGGACAGGAUCAAGCUUAAGAGGAUCAAAGAUAGGCAGAAAAGUAGUGCAGUCACUCAGGCUGAAAAGUCCAAGUACAAACAAACCUCUGAUCAGGCAACACGGAAAAAGAUGUCCCGAGCCCAAGAUGGUAUACUCAAGUAUAUGUUGAAGCUAAUGGAAGUGUGCAAAGUUAGAGGCUUUGUGUAUGGAAUCAUUCCAGACAAGGGGAAGCCUGUCAGCGGUGCUUCUGAUAACAUAAGAGCAUGGUGGAAAGAGAAGGUAAGGUUUGAUAAAAAUGGACCUGCUGCAAUAGCGAAAUAUGAAGCUGACAAUCUCGCAGCUAAAAAUGGUGAUGGUAAGGGUGUUUUUCACAGUCUCCAGGAUCUCCAAGAUACAACCUUGGGUUCCUUGUUGUCGUCACUGAUGCAGCAUUGUGAUCCACCCCAGAGGAAGUUUCCAUUGGAGAAGGGUAUUCCCCCACCUUGGUGGCCUACAGGAAACGAAGACUGGUGGAUACAGUCCGGACUCCCAAUCAAUCAACCGCCACCAUAUAAGAAACCGCACGAUCUAAAGAAAGUGUGGAAAGUGGGAGUCCUAACUGCUGUGAUCAAGCAUAUGUCUCCUGACAUUGCAAAAAUCAAGAGGCAUGUCCGGCAGUCGAAGUGUCUGCAAGACAAGAUGACUGCAAGAGAGAGUUCAAUUUGGUUGGCAGUUUUGAGCAGAGAAGAAUUGCUCACUAAGCCACUAUGUGUCGAGAACGGAACUUCUGGUUUGACGGGUACACCGGCUAGUGGUAACAGGGAAAGACAAGAAGGUUCCAUGUGUAGCAACAGUGAUUAUGAUGUGGACGUCUGUGAAGAUGGACCAUGUUCUGCAUCUUCCAAGGAUGAUGGAAGAAACUCUCGAGCAGAUGAUGAUACUUGUGUCCAAAAUGGAAACUCGAAUGAUAAACAAAGCUCCAGGCAGGAAAUGGCAAAUGAAAAAUCGCAUGACAAGAGUUCCUCUGAUGGACCAAGAAGAAAGAGGGCACGCAAGGCUUCUCAACCAGCUGAGCAAUUAGCGAUAGUUGUUUGGAGUGGUGAUGUCCAAGAGGAACCAGAAAACCCCAUUCCUGACAUGAACCGUGCAAGUCUUGAGAAUGAAGAGUUUCAUGUACCCGUCCCUGAGCAUGAUGUUAGCUCUAACUUAGCACCAAGGUCCCAGGAAGGAGGAGAUCCUCAUCUGUCCACAGAACCAAGGAUGCAGAAUGGUUCUGGGUAUUCUGAAAAUGCAGUUGCUCACAGCAUGUUUGUUGAUGGCCAUCCCUUGCUAUAUGCUGGAGCCAAGGACAGGUCCGUGCAAUCUAAACGUUCAUUUGAUCCAUAUAGUUCCUCCAGGAGGUAUGAGUACCCUCAUGGUUGUGAACAUCCUGAUAUUGUUGGAAUCAAUGGUGAGGUCAGGCAGGAUGUUAUGGAAAUGCACGAUGAGAGUCCAGUUUUUGCUAAUGUUUUGACACUAGAUGGAAGUCAAAAUGAGGCUUCUACGGAUGUGCAUCAUUUAGUUAAGGAUUCUCAUGUCCUCCACAAUGUACCUGAUAAACUUGCUGAAAGUCGAUUUGGUUCUCCCCUUGGUGGCUUGUCGCUGGAUUAUGGUUUCAGUAGCCCAUUCGACUUUGGGGCUGAAGGAUCUGGUUCACUUGAUGCAGCUGAUCUUGAUUUUUCACUCGAUGAUGACUUCAUUCAGUACUUUGGAGCAUAAACUGAUUUUUUGUAGGAGAUACCAUUACAAUCUUCACGUGCAUUGACCAAUUAUCUGAGCCUGGGUGCAGUUGGGUGUGUCCAUGUGGGAUUAUAGAUUGCAGAGAAAUCUUAUUGUUCACUAAUUCAGAAGGCCAGCAGAGUAAAACCAUCUUACCAAUUAUCUCAGGCUGGGUGCAGUUGGGUGUGUCUAUGUGGGAUUAUAGAUUGCAGGGAAAUCUUAUUGUUCACUAAUUCAGAAAGCCAGCAGAGUCAAACCAUCUAAUCCAUGUAAUGGUGCAAUGAGUUUGGCAGGACGGAUGUAGAUGGUUCUCUGGUCUUGGUGCAAAUUGCUUUGCUGCCCUUUGAUGUAAAGACUGUACAAAACUAGAUUGUUCUAAUUCAGUACAGACUCCUCUGUUCCAGGUGGGAGUCACUAUUUUUUUGACAAAUUGUUGGAGUCAUGGUUACCUAUGGCUAAUUCUUCAUUCAAGGUAAUUGCUAUUAAGGUUCACGCUGCAUUUGUUUUGCCCUUAUUGAUAAGGUUGUCCUUUUUCAUCUUCA